UACUUGUCGGCCUUUCUCAAUCCGAUUUCGUAGCUACGCAGUCGUGUAUUGACGGACGCGCGUCGCUUCACACUUGUUUCGCGUGCUAACGACGUUCGUCAUUAGAUAAUAGAACGGGACGACUGUGGACGUUACCUACGGACGUAUAUCCUCAAAGAAACGCCGGAAAAUCUCGUAGCCGUGGUCCGGUGUCGCAGCACAGACAAGACUUAAUUAGUUGGACCAAAUCGUAUAACAAUGGUUAAAGAAACAACUUACUAUGAUAUUUUAGGCGUUAAACCUAAUUGUGGGAAUGAUGAGCUUAAAAAAGCAUAUAGAAAAUUAGCUCUGAAGUACCAUCCUGACAAGAACCCAAAUGAGGGUGAAAAGUUCAAACAAAUUUCUCAAGCAUAUGAAGUAUUAACCACACCAGAAAAACGUCGUUUAUAUGACCAAGGUGGCGAACAAGCACUUAAAGAGGGUGGAGUGGGUAACUCCUUCUCUUCACCAAUGGAUCUGUUUGACAUGUUCUUUGGUCAAUUUGGUGGAGGUGGUCGUGGUCGUGGUGGCCGUCAUGGACCUCAAAAAGGCAAAGAUGUUGUUCAUCAAUUAAGUGUUUCUCUUGAGGAUCUUUACAAUGGCUGUGUACGAAAAUUAGCAUUAGAAAAGAAUGUUAUUUGUGACAAAUGUGAAGGUAGAGGUGGUAAAAAAGGAGCAGUAGAGCAAUGUCCAGGAUGUCAAGGCAGUGGAAUUCAAGUGCAAAUUCAUCAGUUGGGACCUGGUAUGAUACAACAAGUACAGUCUAUGUGCAGUGAAUGUCGUGGACAGGGUGAACGCAUCAAUCCCAAAGAUAGAUGUAGGAAUUGUAAUGGAAAAAAGGUUACUCGUGAAAGGAAGAUUUUGGAAGUAAAUGUAGACAAAGGCAUGGUUGAUGGACAAAAAAUAACAUUUAAUGGAGAAGGUGAUCAAGAACCUGGACUUGAACCUGGUGAUAUAAUUAUUGUAUUGGAUGAAAAAGAACAUCGUUUAUAUAAGAGAAGUGGAACUGAUUUGAUUCUUCGUUUAGAAAUUGAACUAGUUGAGGCAUUGUGUGGAUUCCAGAAAGUGAUAAAGACUUUAGAUGAACGUUCUUUGGUUAUUACUGCUGUAGCCGGUGAAGUUUUGAAACACGGUGAUGUCAAAUGUGUUGUUGGUGAGGGUAUGCCUCAGUAUAAGAACCCAUUUGAAAAAGGUCGUAUGAUCAUUCAGUUCCUGGUUAAUUUCCCUGAAAGUUUGUCAUCUGCAAAGGUGCCUCUGCUUGAAUCGUGUCUUCCUCCUAGACCGGUUGAAACUAUUCCGGAGAAUUCUGAAGAAGUAUCGCUUGUAGAGAUGGAUCCAGAAUAUGACUCUAGGAGACAAUCUAGACGUGAGGCUUACAAUGAUGAAGAUGGACCCACCCGAAAUGUUCAAUGUGCUUCACACUAAUGUUUUUUCACUUUUAAAAGUCCAUAUAUUAUACAGUACUGAGUUAUCUGUACUCAUUCCGUAAUAAGACACCGAGCAAACAAAAUUUGAUAAUCUGUGUAAAAAAUUAGACUUCUGAUACAGUAUUUCUUUCCUAAUAUAUUUACUCUUUUUUUAUUUUAUUCAAAAGUUAAAGGAUACAUAUAAUUUAAUUGCUUUCUGCUGAUCAAUACAUUAGUACACUCCAUUUUUAGUGUUACUUGUUUUUUAUUUUAUAAAAAAUGAUAAUCAUUUCUAUUUUAAACAGAA